AUGAGUGACAUCAGCGAGCACGAUGCGGCCGAGAUCAAGGCCGACGCCCCGGUCAUCGAGGACUGCAGCAACACGGACGUCGUGACCAAGUACCGCCUUGCCGCCGAGAUCGCGCAGUCGGCGCUCGAGGGCGUCAUCGGCCAACUCGCGCCCGGCAAGAGCGUCGUCGAGCUCUGCGCCUUCGGCGAUGCCAUCAUCACGGCCCGCGCCGCGACCGUCUACAAGUCCAAGAAGGUCGAGAAGGGCAUUGCCUUCCCGACGUGCGUGAGCGUCAACGAGGUCGUGUGCCACUUUUCGCCGCUCCCGAACGAGACGACCACGAUCAAGGCCGGCGACUGGGUCAAGAUCGACUUGGGCUGCCACAUUGACGGCUACAUCGCCGUCGUCGCGCACACCGUCAUUGUGCCCGCCACCGAGGCGACGACCUCAUCCUACGGCUAUUGCCGCGACUGCCGGUCGCCAUACCGCAUCAGCAAUGCGGGCCAGCUCCGCGAGUCGAGCGCUGAGCACAGCGUACGCGCCAACGUGGCCAAGAAGGAGCGACUGCGCUUCCAUGAAGCGCAGAGGCAGACGCUUCUUGAGCGCAAGGCGGCGGCGCGGGCAGCCCACGCGCCGUCCCGGACGCUCGUCGAGCUUUCGGCCAAGCUCCGUGACGAAGCGAUCAACAUCCUACGCGCCAAGCGAGACCUCGAGCCCGUCCAAGUGGCAUGUCCUCACUGCGGCUGGACAAUGCCACCAAGCGCAGCGCACGGCCACGUCCAGGAGCCGCCCCCCACGGGUGACAGAGCUCACGUUGGCAUAGACUUGGCGUCUUCAUUCGACCACCACUCCUAG